AUGGAAGGCCUGGCUCCGCAUCCGCUGGAUUUGCCCCGGUUGCGGUCGGAGCCCGCGGCCGAGGUGCUGCUGGAGGCGCUCGAGGGGCUCGUGGUGCCUCCGCCUUCGUGGGAUCGUCCGGCAGCGGACAUCACAGCCGAAAUCGCGCUGGCCUCCUCUCGUGCCGCGAGCGAUUCCGCGCUGGCACAUUGGCUGACCCGACUGGUCGGCAGCGACCUGUGGUGGAUCGAAGAUGACGAGGCCAAGGAGCAAAUCUGGAGCUCGGCCUCCAAACGCAUGGCCGAGCGCUGCGGCCGGACAGCGGCUCCGGCGAUGACGCGCACCUUCAACAUACCGAGCGGCACUGUCGGGGAUGGGACAGCAACCGCGCCGCCCACGAUCGCGAUCACCCUGCACGAGCCGCCGCUGACCUCGGAUUCGAUGGGCCUCAAGACCUGGGCCUCGUCCUACCUGCUCGCCAAGCGACUGCACCACCUCGUCCCCACUGUCCUGCCUACCACCACUUCAUCACCACCUUCAUCAUCGUCGUCGUCAUCGUCUUCAUCGUCGUUAUGGCUGCGUGCGCUUGAGCUGGGCUCGGGCACGGGCCUGGUGGGUCUGUCGGCCGCGGCCCUGUUCGGGUGGGACCUCCACCUCACCGACCUGCCCGAGGUCGUGCCCAACCUCACCAACAACAUCGCCGCCAACCGCCAUCUCUUCUCCUCUUCCUCCGCCUCCGCCUCCUCCUCCGACUCUUCAUCUUCUUCAUCGUCGUCUUCAUCAUCUGACGUGCUGGCGCCGUCGGUGUCGGCGCGCGUGCUCGAUUGGACGCAGCCGCUGGCUGACGCCUAUUGGCGGGAGCGGGCGGAAGUCGGCGGCUUCGACGUCAUCCUGGCCAGCGACCCGCUCUACACCCCGCAGCACCCCGAGCUCGUCGUCUCCUGCGUCGCGCUCUUCCUGCGCAAGCCCGCCACGGCCACGGCCACGGCCACGGCCACGACCACGACCGAGACCAGCGGCGACGAGGGCGGCAAGUUCAUCAUCGAGCACCCGCUGCGGCCGUCGCACAUGGCAGAGGUGGUGGAUUGCGAGGCGCGGCUGACAGCGGCCGGACUGGUGCGCGAGGCGGUGGGCGAGGAGGUCGGGUGGGACGACUGGGGCGUGAGCAGCCUCCAGCAGGAGCGACUGCGACUCGGGUCCGGCGACGCCGACGUCGACGCCGACGCAGCGGAGCACAUCGGCGGCGUCCGCUGCCGUUGGAGCGUAUGGCGAUGGCCCACCCCAGAGCCGGCCUCACCCACCAAUUGA